AUGGAUGGCACUGUCGCUCAGCCUCCCAUCAUCGGCGCCGGCGUCGUAAGUGCACAGUCAGACAGAACCAUAUAUACGCAACCGACAAAUCCGAACGAUGCAAGACAUGCACCACGGAAACCCUCGGGGCUUCAGAUAAGCGUCAAUGCAAACGAUUCGGCGCACAGCAGCAUGCGAAGCCCAAGGUCCCCCAAGACAUUUGAAGCUCAUGGUGACCCGCAAGACCAAUCUCCACGAUCAUCAAAGUCCAAUAACACCUCCAACCUGUCCCCAAAGUCUCCCAGAGAGCGCCUUGACGAGUUCCUCCGGCUGGAAGAUAGUGGGGAUACAAGGAUCGAGGAGCCAAGCAAGCUGAGAAAUACGUCUGCCUCACCAACCAAGGCCCAAUCUUACAGCCAACUUCGCAAUAUAUCUUCGCCCUUGCCCGAUGCACGAUCUUUGGGCAACUCAUCACCUCCCUCGCCCCGAUCGACAACUUCACCACUUCUCAACGGCUCCCCCUUGCGGCCAGGCCAAGGCCCGCGAACAUCGUCAAUAGAUUCCGCAAUAUCCUCCAUCUCCCUUGCAACAACGCAUUCACCAAAAGGUUCCUUGGACUCGAAUACGACGGCGUCGUCAGACAUCUCUGGGCUAAUCAAAGCAGCAGGCUCCCCAGAGGGUCUAAUCUACCGUUUACUGCGAGAGAAACAGCAGCUAGAGGGCCGCAAUGCUCAGCUUUGGAAUCUGGUGGAGAAGCAGCGCAAUAUGGUAUUGGGAUUGAACAAGGAUCUGCAAAGAGCUGCUAAAGGCGUGGAGCGUUACCGCGAGGAACUGAAUGAAUAUAAAAUCAGGGCGCUGCAAAUCCCUAGUGCAACGUCGGAACCCUUGGUCGCAAAGCCAAGGCGUGCUCCUUCCCCAGCUCCGAGCGAUAGCUCAGCAGAUCUACCCAUCCAAGGGCAGGGGAAUGGCAUCUCAAGGUCUGGCCCUGUUCCCGAAGCUUUCGAUACUCCCCAACCACUUCAAACGGGCAACAAGAGGUUGAUCAUAUCGUCAACCGAGGUGCCGUCAGUACCUCCCACAGGCCCAGAAGAUUGGGUCGGAAACACUGGCAAACCGACAGGUACUAAUCAUUCGCACAAGCACACCUCGAGUUCAGAUCUCGGAGUCUUCAACCUACCUAGACCAUCACAGACAGUGACUCCGCUAGAGCCCAAUAACAUUGGUCAAGCAGACAAUACCCCACCAAUUUCACCAACUACAAGAUCAAGAAUGUCUCCCCCCACCAGCUUUACUGCGAAACGCACGCAACAAUCUUCCAAUAAACCCUUCAAUAGCCCGUCUUUAAUUCUGACUGAAUCUACACCAAUUGGCAAUGACCUUGAAAGAAUGACUCCACCACGAAAGGCGCCUCCUGCCCCUUUAGAUUUUGCGCAGCCCAGGAAAGACUCCAUCACCAAUAUUGGAAAGUCGGCCGAUGAGGAGUCUGCGUCAGAAUAUGACGAUGAUGAAGGAGAAAACAUAGUGCCCAUGCUCGAGCGAGGUCGAAAGAAGACAAGGGAGGAAGACGAUGUUGAUAGGGAAAUCUUGCAAAAGCAACAGGAAGAGGAGAGGAGCCAAAGCAAGAAAAAGAAGAGCUCUAAGUCAAGGUCCAAGUCUGAGAAGAUGAAGGCUCCGGACCAGGACACGGCUAUCAAAUCACAGUCAACUACAUUGCCCACCUCUAUGAGAGCCUUUGCGCCAGAGCCAACACCUGCACUUGAUUCGUCAUUCACUUCACAACCAGCUUCUCUUGCUGGUGUUCUCAGUCCGGGAGCCGGACAGAGAAUUGCAGAAAUAACACAACAAACUGCGACCAUGAAGGCACCCCUCAGUCCCGGUCUACCUAUCAGUCCCCGACCAAGUGAUCGUCCAGUCAACGCGCCAAUGCCCAGGCUCCCUCGAGAUUUAGCGAACUCGGCUGCUUCGCCUCCUAUGUCUCCUGGUCAGGGCUUUGUUGGGUUGCCGCUCUCUCCUCGUGCGGCAAGACAACAGAUUCCACUUCCUCCGCAGACUCCGAUGUCAAUCGCUCCGUCUUCUCCAAGACCAGCACCAACAGACUCAUAUGCAGACCCUGCUCGGGUGAAUCGACGCCCGCUGAGUCCCAUGACGGUGCAAACCGCUCCGAGUAAGGUCUCUAUCGACUCCGAUUCGUCUGGCUCCGUGGGUCAGGUUUCGAAUGCCUCUAAGCCACGAGGCGUGUUCAGAGGCUUCAUGACAGAAGCGUAUCCAAAUCUAUUACUUCCUCCGAACGCUUUGCCAUCUAUCAAAGUGAUGGUCGUCUCUUCUCGGCUCAAGCCUUCAAGACAGAGUCUAGUGUUAAGAGGCGCGGAUGAGGAGCCUGUUUUCACCCUCGGUGUGUCUGCAAGAUAUGACGAGCAGGAUCUUUGGAGCGUCGAAAAGCCAAUCACGUCGUUGCUCCAUCUAGAUCAGCAAAUCCGACAUACGUCGAGAUUGGACUUCAGACUCCCGGAUCGAUCCCUGUUUAGCGGUCAUGCACCAGCCAAGGUUGACGCUCGAAGGAUGGCUCUGGAGAAGUACUUCGAGACACUGCUAGACACUCAGCUAGAAGAAAAAGCGGCUGUUGCUUUAUGUCAAUACCUUUCGACUAAUGUCUCGCAAUCUGACACGAAGGAAUCAAAGCACCAUAAUGGCCCAGUAUCACCGAUUGUAUCUGAUUAUACUGUUCCGGUUGCGAAAGAGGGAUACCUGACUAAACGGGGUAAGAACUUUGGUGGAUGGAAAGCCAGAUAUUUCGUGCUUGACGAGCCGGUUCUGCGGUACCACGAAGCGCCUGGCAGUGCAGUGCUUGGGACUAUCAAGCUUUAUCGAGCUCAGAUUGGCAAACAAUCGCCACCGAAAGCAUCUGGUUCUGGCGAUGAAGGUGACAGUCAAUACAGGCAUGCGUUCUUGAUCCGUGAGCCCAAAAAAAGGACUCCAAUACUUUCGUUGAUCAUGUCCUCUGCAAGACCAAAGCUUGAGAAGGGUGACUCUGGCUCGAGUAAACAAGUAUUACAGAUGAAGUCGCGAGAAAGGCAAAUCAGCAUCACGAAAGAAAGUCCUGAAACCGAAGAAUUUGAUAGUCUGCAGUCAGUGCCGUAUGAAGAGACCAAAACUGCACAGCCUCCCCAAGUUCGGAUCACUCCAGAUGUCUUACAUGAGGAGUCACCCUCCCCCACUACCCCAGGAUCAGGCUCCCUACCAUCUGAGAAAAGCACUUCCGCGGCGUCAAAGCAAAUCUCUGGACCACAGAAUGGCGCCAAGAUCAGUGACGCUGGAAAAUGGGGCAACAAGCCCAAGGCUUCUCCACUCCCUACGCAAAAGGAACACAAGAAGCGGAGUCUCUUUGGGUUCCACAACAAGGAGAGUGGCCCCGUCGGGACAUACCAUCCAAAUGGCUCAGAUCUCAACCUGACGCAGAGUCAGCAACAGUAUCAGGAACAGAUCACGAACGUCAAAGCCGCUUUCGGUGCCCCUCUUGCUGAGGCGGCCGAAUUUUGUGCACCCAAAGGAGUGCGUGAUGUUUGCUUACCGGCAGUGGUCUAUCGAUGCCUUGAAUACUUGACGGCAAAAGACGCUGCAAAUGAAGAGGGUCUCUUUCGAUUGAGUGGUUCCAACAUUCUCAUCAAGAACCUCAAGGCAAAGUUCAAUGCGGAAGGUGACUUUGACAUUCUAGGGACGGGCCAGUGGUAUGAUCUGAACGCUAUUGCUUCGUUGCUGAAACAAUAUCUGCGAGAACUUCCGUCAAUGAUAUUGACAAGAGAACUGCAUAUCAAGUUCUUGAAAGUGCUGGAAAUACCAGAUGAGAAGCAGAAGAUCAACGCUUACAACGCAUAUGUACAUCAGCUCCCAAAACCAAAUUUCACCUUACUUAGAGCUCUGUGCGAUUACCUGGUCACUGUGAUUAGCAAAUCAGAUCUCAACAAGAUGGACACACGCAAUGUUUGUAUCGUCUUCUCGCCGACUCUCAACAUUCCCAUGCCGCUUAUGAUAUCCUUCCUAUCAAACUUCGAUGCUAUCUUCGGCGACACCGUUCAUAAUGGGCCUAUUCCUGCCUUGGAUCACCAAACCCCUCACAGUCUAUCCGCUGAGGACAUACGCAGUCCUAGACGGCAGAUGUUUUCAGACUUACCCACCCCUGCUUACAACCAAACAUCGUUCUCGGCCAAUCAGCAGCCAUCUAGGCAGGAGCCAAACAUCAAUGGAUUGCACGGCCAGCAAGAUCUCGGCUUCGCUCCUCUCCAGCCUUCCUACAAUCACCCCCCACCUCCGUCACAAUCUCCGCCCCACGAGCCACACUCACUGGCCAUACCAGCUAUCGCGACUCCAAGGAGGCUUUCACCCGGCGCAAGCGCAAAGCAAAGCCGACGAGAGAGUUCCAUGCUCCUUCUUGGACCCGGCCAACGGAAGAGCUCCUUGCCUAUGAUGAGGAGCGAAGGAGGACAAUUCACGACGCUGGAACACUAA